CUACACAAGAAGAAAUUCCAACGUAAAUAGUUUCACUGUGUGCAGCUUGCGUCCAAUUGCUGCUUCUCUGUGUCUCUUUAAAUUCAGUUUAAAAACUUAAUUUUUUCUUCGUUUCACCACACGCGUGGUGACUCAGUGUGUUCUUAAAUAAACACCCACACGAUUCAUAUUGUGUGUGAUAAAACCAUUUUAUAAUUUAAUUUUGAUGUCUUCUUGAAAUUAACCGCGUCUAGAUCGAUUUUGUGUGUGGUAAAGUUGAGUUUACGGUUUGUUUACUCUCGAGGUAACCUUGUAAAUAAAUUCCAUAGCGAAUAAAAAAUAAAUAAAUAAAAAACGCGUGUUAAUGUAGUGUUUUAAUCAAUCUUUAUGAUAAAAUUAAUGAAAUGAAAAUGGUUGAAAGAAAAACUUUUUCAUCGGAAUCCGAUAAUGCUCAGUUAUUAAAGAAAUCUCGAGAUUCUGAAAAUGUUGUUGUUAAAGUUGCGAUGUUAGAUGGGACAACUUUAGAACUUGGAAUAAGUAAAAAAUCGAAAGGUCAAGAACUUUUAAACACCGUUUGCGAACUCGCAAACAUUUUAGAAAAAGAAUAUUUUGGUUUGAUUUACACGAAAAAACGUAGUUCGAGAAAUUGGUUGGAUAUGGAAGAGAAAAUAGAGAGACACAUCAAAUUUGAACCUUGGUUAAUUCAUUUUGAAGUUAAAUUUUACCCACCAGAUCCAUCUCAACUCCAAGAAGACAUCACAAGAUAUCAAUUGUGCCUUCAAAUAAGAAAUGACAUCCUCAACAAUAAAUUACCAUGUUCUUUGGUGACUUUAGCGUUGUUAGGAUCUUAUUUGGUUCAAUCUGAAUUGGGCGAUUUUAAUUCAGAGACGAUGCAAGAUGAUUAUUUGAGUAGUUUUAAAUUUGGAUUCGAUCAAAACGAGGAAUUGGAAAGUAAAAUUAUGGAGUUACAUAAAUUACAUAAAGGCGAAACUCCUGCUCAAGCUGAAUUAAACUUUUUAGAAAACGCUAAAAAGUUACCAAUGUACGGAAUUGAUUUUCAUUCGGCUAAAGAUAGUGACGGUUUUGAAAUUCGAAUAGGUGUACAUUCUUCCGGUUUGGUUAUUUUCAAAAAUCAAUUGAGGAUGAAUAAAUUUGUUUGGCCAAAAAUUGUAAAAAUCAGUUUUAAGGAGCAUAAUUUUUACAUAAAACUGAGGAUUGAUCAAUUCGAUGAGUUUCAAUCGACCGUUUGUUUUAAACUGGAAAGUUAUCGGGAUGCGGAGAAAUUAUGGAAAAGUGCGGUGGAACAUCACUCGUUUUUUAGAUUGAUGUCGCCAAGAGACAAAGAAAAAAGGAUUUUACCUCGAUUGGGGUCUAAAUUUCGGUAUUCGGGUAGGACUCUUUAUCAAACGAGACAAGAAAAAAUUGAACGUCCAGCACCAAAGUUUGAAAGAUCUUUAACGUGUCCGGCAGAUUGUAAAGUAAAAGAUUUAAGUUAAAGUAAGAUGUUGACUUCGAUACUACGUG